AUGGACAAGACACCCUCGCUCAAGGUCGGCUAUGAUGCUUUGUUCUACGCAAAAGGUUCGGAUGAGUACGAAGCGUGGAAGGGUAGCCUCGAGGGAAACCACUUUCGCAUUCUGGAGGCGUUCGUCAGCGAUCACAUCAGCGGCCGUGGUCCCGCUAAGCUCGUCGAGAACGACACGUACGAAGGUUCCUACAACCGAGUGAUUCGUUUCCGGUUUGCGUCCGUCGGCGGCGAUGUCGCCAUCAAGGUCCCCAAGCCCGGCUAUUCGGCCGCUGCGCUCGCCGCCGAGAAGAUGAUUAAUGAAGCCGCUUGGAUGCAGCGCAUCCGGGACAAGGGCACAUGCAUACCCGUCCCUCGCGUGUACCGCUCUGACAAGGAGCUGCACCAUGAGCCGCCUCUCCAGCUUCCCUACAUCGUGAUGGACUGGGCCGAGGGUGACAACCUCCGCGAGUUCCUGGCGCGUGGGCCUCCUGAUGAGCUGCAGUCCAUCAUACUCCAGCAGCUCGCGUCGUUCCAUCUUGAUCUCUAUGAUCUGCAGUUCGAGGCGAUUGGGUCCGUCGCCAACGACACGCCCACGGGGCCGAGGACAAGGACCAUCGCGAGACGCCCGCUCACCAUCGACAUGCACCAGAACGCCCUCGGGAUUCCCAACUACCCGACCGACGACUGGCCGACGGAGCCGUUCACAAGCGCCAAGGCGUACCUCGACUUUGUCGCGCAGCAACAGUCGACCCAGCUCUGGACGCUGCGCAACAUCAACGCCCCGCAGACGAACGACAAUGAAAACGAGCCGGGCGCGUACCACCAGCCGGACACGUCGGAGGCGAUUGCACGCCUCCGCUUUGAGGGCCGGUACCGUUUCCAGCAGCUCUUUGCGACGCCUACGCUCUGCCCCCCAGGUGACAACUUGGGCCCCUUCCGCGCGUUCAACCGGACCUCGACACGCGCAACAUGA